CAGCCGAGUUGGGGCGCGCAGAAGCGCCCUCCCCGGCCUCUACCCUUCGUGAGGGGGGGAAAGGGAGAGAAAUUUUUCUCCGAAACACCUAUCAAGUAACCCGAAGUCCUUACGUUGGAAACAGAAUGACACUCCUCCAUUCCAUUGCUGAGAGUUGUGAUUUUUGAGCAAUAAAUCUAAGUCCGAGGGCAAGGCAUUCUCUGCCCCCGGGUCGGCACCGGGGCUCAGGAAGGGCUCGGGAGUGAGGUCGGACCAAUGAGCCUCUGCAGAUGCCGCGAGCCCCCUAGGGCUCCGGAGCCCUUCUCGGAAUUGGCCGAGUCAGGCGGGGAGGGGGCGGGGAGGCCGCCGCCCUCCUUAGGAGGGGCUGCAUUGCAGGGGGAGACCGAUCUGGCAGGCUCAGUCGCCGAAGAAGGCGAGGGUGUGAGGACGCGACGCCGUCAGAGCCCCAACCGCUUCCUUUUUCUCCAGCCAGAGCAGACUCCGAGACCCCGCAGUACUCCCUCCAUCUUUGGAACACGCUAGUAAUUCAUUGAUAACAGAUUGACAUCUCUGCUAAGAUCUCCAUCCAUACCUCGUUAGCAGGAAGCUAUGAGGGACCCUGUGAGCAGCCAGUACAGCUCCUUUCUUUUCUGGAGGAUGCCCAUUCCGGAACUGGACCUGUCCGAGCUGGAAGGCUUGGGUCUGUCCGAUACACCUACCUACAAGAUCAAGGACAGCAGCGCUGGCAAAAUGACCGGGCAAGCAACUGGAGCAGAGCAGGAGAAGAGCCCUGAAGGUGACGUCCUCCUGGAGUACAGCACCUUCAACUUCUGGAGAGCUCCCAUUGCCAGCAUCCACGCCUUUGAACUGGACUUGCUCUGAGGCCAAGACUUCUCUCUCCUCACUGUCUUCCCUUUCCAGCUCCUUCCUUCCAUCCCUUUACCAUUUUCAUCUUGUUCUCUUCCCUCUGUUGUGUUGGUGGUGCUGAUGAAUCUGCUCACUGAGUUGUAUUUAUUUAUUUAUUCAUCUCUUUAUCUACUCCAUUCCUCUCAAAAGCCCUUAAGCCACAAAGUAGGGGCUCCAGCAAUGUUGUAUUGGGUCGCAGGGGCUCCACUGCCCUCCCACCCUGGGAUUAUCAACUUGAGAAAGUAAUCCUCUUGGGGGCACCAAGGAGUAGUAAAUAGUACAAAAUGGAAGGCUGAUUUGUAAAAAUUCCAUUUUAAUCCACUUCAAAGAUUGCUCAUACCUUCCUAAUUUUCUGCUCCUGGCCAGUAAACAUAAAUAUUUCUUGAAGGGUUGACAAAAACCUGUAAGUUUUAAUUUGAGGUGACUUGCUACCAAAGAUUUCCAAAAGGCUAAGACUUGCUUUUUCAACCCUGCCCCUUCUUAUAAUACAUUCUUUUCCCCCAAAGAGAUUGGGGUACCUAAAGGUAUAAAACAAGAGGAAAUGAUAACCUCAUGGAAAAUGAAAAUGGGGAAGUACUAAAUCACUUCAGAAAUGGCCAAGCUUUUUCUUUUUCAGAAGAGUAUAUCUUUAACCUAUUUACAAUUUUGCUCCUAAAUAGGUUGAAAACUUGCUGAGAAAAAUCAGAUUUCAAAUCUUAAAUCUUGCUAGCUGGUAGGAUAAUUUGUAAGGUUUUGAUUAAGACUUCUAAAGGGAAUAGGGUUUGGUCCUCAAUAUUUUAAUCUUGCCCUCUUGUAUUUGGAAUAUAUAAUACCUAUCAGUGUACCUCAGGUGCAGUUCUUUAGCUACUUUAAGACUAUGAAAUGAACAAUUACCCUUUGACCCUACACCUUGUCCCCACUUCUUCCAAAGUUAUUGCUGGUUUGUGCUGCCAUUUACUUAUUUUUUGUUUCUCGGUGGGGGGGUGCCGGGGAUGGAACUCGGGCCCUUGAGCUUGCGAG